CCUGAGUUUCCUUUUCUAGUGGGGUCUUGGAGACUUCACAACUUUUUUUGUGUAGACUUCUGGGACAUCAAAAUGCUUAUGGAAGCAACUUUUUCCCUGGUGGGGUGGAAAUGCUCAGGAGGAGGGUGCUAAAGAAGGAAUCUGGUAGGUAAAAAAGGCAGCCUCUUUGUCCAUGACACACAAUGGCAAACAUAGGAAGCUCAACAGUUGCCAGCUGGAAGGGUGCGCAAAGAAGCUCAGAUGGAUUCACUUUGGUCUGGCAUUGGGAAGCCCAUGAUCAGAGAGGAUUCUGACUUCACCUUUUGUCUCCUCAGGAAAGAUGGCCCUGGGUUCCAGAAGCCUGGCGGCUCUCUUUGUCUAUAUCAUAUCGUUUCUCAUUGGUCUUCCUGCCAACCUGCUGGCCCUGAGGGCCUUUGCCAGGCGGCUCCGUCAGCCCCACCCUGCACCCAUCCACAUCCUCCUGCUCAACCUGACGCUGGCAGACCUCCUCCUCCUGCUGCUGCUGCCUUUCAAGAUGGUCGAGGCUAUGUACAAUUUCCACUGGCUCUUGGGCGACAUACUCUGCGCCCUCACUGGCUAUGGCUUCUACAGCAGCAUCUACUGCAGCACGUGGCUCCUGGCAGGCAUCAGCAUCGAGCGCUACCGCAGUGUGGCUUUCCCAGUGCACUACAAGCUCUCCCGCCGGCCGGUGUAUGGAGUGAUGGCUGCUGUGGUCUCCUGGGUCUUGUCUUUGGGACACUGUAGCAUUGUGAUCAUUGUCCAAUAUUUACCAACCAGCGAUACAGUAAAUCAUGCCAAAGAGCUCCCUGCCUGCUAUGAUAAGUUUACUAAAGAGCAGCUGGACUUGGUAGUCCCUGUGCGGCUGGAGCUCUGCAUGGUCCUCUUCCUCAUCCCCGUGGUGGUGACUAUCUUCUGCUAUUGGCGCUUUGUGCGCAUCAUGCUCUCCAGGUCCCAAGUGGGGGCCCAGAAGCGCUGGAGAGCUGUGGGGCUGGCUGCUGUGACUCUCUUCAAUUUCCUGGUCUGUUUUGGGCCCUACAAUGUGUCUCAUGUGGUGGGGUUCUUCAAGAAGCAAAGCGUAACUUGGCGUGCAUACGCUGUGUUGCUAAGUGCUCUCAAUGCGUGCAUUGACCCCUUAAUUUUCUAUUUCUCCUCCUCACUUGUACGCAGAGACUUUGAUAAAGGGUUACAGAGGCUGCAGAAUUGGGGUACCUCUCUGUCAGGGUGCUGGAGGAGAAGAACUCAAGAGAGAGCCACAACGAAAGCAGAUGAGAGCUUAGGCACAAGCAAUGUCAUCUUCACAGGAGACUAGGUUUUCCAGUUUGGUGUUACAUAGUUUGGCGGGGGAGAUGCA